CCCGCGUCCUCGCGUGUUUCGGUGCGUGUGUCCUACGAAGCGCACCGGCCCUACGAACUCCGCACCCGCAGGCCGCUGGGAGUUCCUCAGACGGCAGGCGGAAAACGGGCGAGGACGUGCACUAUGUGCACCGGGGCGCGGAUGAGAUCAUCCGCGCGGUGCAUGAGAUCAUCACGCCACGACCUUUCCCCGCGCGCGCACACAGCCGAGGACCAGGCGGGAGGGGUCCGGGGGCCGUAUCUGCCCUCGCAGCCUGGAGCCACUCGGAAAACGCCCCGCCUCCCCCUUCCGCCCGCCCCGCCCGAAAUGCCCCGGAAGUGCGUCUGCCCUCAGUAAAGAUGGAAGUAGCCUUUGACACAGGGAGGCGGGGCUGCGCGUGCGCAACAAGUCCGGCGGGGGAAAGAUGGCGGAUGACAAGGAUUCUCUGCCCAAGCUUAAGGACCUGACAUUUCUCAAGAAGCAGCUGGAGCGCCUACAGAAGCGUGUGGAGGAUGAAGUCAACAGUGGUGUAGGCCAGGAUGGCUCACUCUUGUCCUCCCCAUUCCUCAAGGGAUUCCUGGCAGGCUAUGUGGUGGCCAAAUUGAGGGCGUCAGCAGUGUUGGGCUUUGCGGUGGGCACUUGCACUGGCGUCUACGCAGCUCAGUCCUACGCUGUACCCAACGUGGAGAAGACGCUGAAGAACUACAUUAGGUCACUACGAAAGGGGCCUGACUAGACCCUCUGGGGAAGGCAGGAUGAGCGCCUUGGGCCUGCAGGUAGAGGCCUCUGUAUCACGGACGCUCUCUCUGGCUCCCCCUGCUGUUGUUCAUUUGCUGUCUCCACCUCUCCUGCCUCUUUCGUCCUUGCUUUUCUCCCAGCAGAGCGUGGGCAGUGGUUUGCCACCUGCACCCUGCACCCCUUCCCUCCCUAGUUCCGUGGGACUAACCCCCAAACGGCGGGACAUGAGCCCUCUCUUCAAGCCCUGACUGUGGAGUGUGUGACUGACUCUGAUCCUCAGUGUUCUCUCUGGUGAUGUCCCACAGUUCUGCCCUCGGUUUCCUUCCAGUGUGUCCCAGUUCCUCUGUCCCUUGCUAGCUACACAGGCCACCCAGGGUCUGGUGUGGGCCAUGAGUGUAGAAGAUGGGGGUAUGCCAGGCCUUGCCCGUCCAAGACAGGCUCGCUGGACCCUGAUGCUCUUCCUGUCCACUGCCAUGUAUGGUGCGCAUGCACCAUUCUUAGCACUGUGCCACGUGGAUGGCCGAGUGCCCUUCCGGCCCUCCUCAGCUGUGUUACUCACUGAGCUGACCAAACUACUCUUAUGCGCCUUCUCCCUCCUGGUGGGCUGGCAAACAUGGCCCCAGGGCACACCGCCCUGGCGCCAGGCUGCGCCUUUUGCACUCUCCGCCCUGCUCUAUGGCGCCAACAACAACCUGGUGAUCUAUCUGCAGCGUUACAUGGACCCCAGCACCUAUCAGGUGCUGAGCAAUCUCAAGAUUGGAAGCACAGCUCUGUUGUACUGCCUCUGCCUUGGGCAUCGCCUCUCGGCGCGUCAGGGGUUGGCACUGCUGCUGCUGAUGGCUGCAGGAGCCUGCUACGCAUCCGGCGGCUUUCAGGAACCUGCCGACACCCCUCCCGGCCCCCCGUCAGCAGCCGGAGCCCAGCCCAUGCCCUUGCACAUCACUCCACUGGGACUUGCGCUCCUCAUCUUGUACUGCCUCAUCUCCGGCCUGUCCUCGGUGUACACAGAACUGGUCAUGAAACGACAGCGGCUGCCCCUGGCUCUUCAGAACCUCUUCCUCUACACUUUCGGGGUGAUCCUGAACCUUGGACUCUAUGCGGGCAGUGGCCCGGGCCCAGGCUUCUUAGAGGGCUUCUCUGGAUGGGCGGUGCUUGUGGUGCUGAACCAGGCAGCAAAUGGACUGCUCAUGUCAGCUGUCAUGAAGCAUGGCAGCAGCAUCACGCGCCUCUUCGUCGUGUCCUGCUCCUUGGUGGUCAACGCCCUGCUCUCGGCUGCUCUGCUGCAGCUCCAGCUCACAGCCGUCUUCUUCCUGGCCACACUGCUCAUCGGCCUGGCUGUGUGCUUGUACUAUGGUGGCCCCUAAGGCCCUGACCGCCCCCACCCUCACUUGUGGCUGUGUAGAUUAGAUGCGGCCACCAGAGCCACCUCCCACGUCACCACCACACCCCGCCCCAGCAGCCCUGUACCAAGUGCCUUGUAAGGAAAGCUAAGGUGGCCAUGUUAGCCUUUGGAUGUUCAGGUGGGUGAGAGUUACCCCUAGGUGGCAUAAAGUGUGGGCUUGGUUAAGUAAACACCUAACUGCACCCCUGUAUUCCUUCAUACUGAAGAACUGGAAGCCCCAGACCCAGGCCUGGGCAGCUUGUCCCCGAGGAACCCUGCCUUGUCCUGCAUGAACAUGGCGACUUCAGGUCAAGUUUCGCUCUUCUCGCCUGUGUGGUCACUCCUGAAGACUCCCUGCCCCGAGGCUUGGUGCUGGCUCCUCCAGCCCAGCAUGACUUCCACAUCAGAUACAUUAGUUUGCCUGCUCCACAGCCUGUUCCUCUUACCCGGCCAUUAUUCUGGAAAGGUCAGAGAGGGCUGGGUCUUGACUCACUUCAGGGAACAUUGUCCCUGGGCCCUGGCUUAAGCCUACACUCCUGACCCCUGUGCUAACUCGGGGGCCCUGUUGGAGCCCACUUCACCUCUGAGGCACGUAGGAGGUACUGUUUUUCCCACUCUUGCCCCCUUCUAGUGGUGUCCCAGCUCCCAACAGCCAGGAAAGGCUCUGCAGAGUAACCAGGGACCAGGUACAGAAAACGUUUAUAGCUAAUCAGUGUCCAACUACUUAAGCAAUAAGGUCUUAAUAAAGUGUUCAGGUGUAGGGUGCUUCCUACAACCAUUCA